AUCGAAUGACGGCUUUGGUGUACGUGUUCGAAUGAAAAAGAAACAGAUAUCUAUUUAUUUUAACCAGAAUACACACGACACCAGCAGCCCACUGAGCAUCUUUUAAGCCAAUAUUGGUGCAGCUUUGAAUGAAACAUAAACCCGACCGGUUGGGUUUUUGGUAGUCAUUAUCGAAUAGCCGAAGAAGUUGAACGUCAUUUCGCGUGUGAAGCUCGCGAUUAUACAAGUUUCUCAAAACAAACGCACAAUCGGAGCGAUGACGGUGAGCUGUGAAAUCAAGUUUGAUAACAACACCGACGGCAUCUUCUACGUGGGUCAAACAUUGAACGGAACGGCAGCGCUGCAACUUACAGAAGCGGAAACAGUGAAUGGUAUCUACGUUCAAAUCGAAGGCUUCACGGCUGUCCAGUGGAAAAAACGUCCCCCGCAGGGUCAUCGACAUGGUUCCAAGCUUUUCAAUGGUCGGGAAGAGUAUCUUAACACGCUCACGUACGUGAUAGGCGAUGAAACCGGAUCUACCCAGGAGAUUGCACCGGGAACACAUGUGUUCAAAUUCUCUUGUGCGUUACCCGACACACUGCCCACCUCGUUCGAAGGCCAAUAUGGACAUAUCCGUUAUACAGUAACAGUCUGCGUGGAAAGACCAUCGAAGCAAAAUACGGUCUAUCGUGAAGCGAUUACAGUUCUCCAACAGGUCAAUCUUAACAAUGAUCCUACACUUCGUGGAGUGAAAAAGCUCGAGUUGAGCAAACAAUUCGGCUGGUGGGUUUUCAAAUCUGACCCGUUGGACAUAACGGUAGAAGUUGCAUCCACCGGAUUUGUUCCCGGUGAAAAUAUUCCCGUGUUAGUCCAGUGGAAUAACGGCAGCAGUGUAAUAAUCCAGGGUAUUCGAAUCAAGCUGUUCAAAAAUGAGAUAUACUUCGCAACAGAACCGUUUGAGAAAUCGCGUACCGACACGCAGAGUAUCGCAAAAAUCGAAAAUCGAGACAAUCAUGCUCAGGGUAGAGUACGAUUUGAAAGAAACCUUCCGAUUCCAUCAACCCCACCUAGUAGUGUCAGUCCAUUGAUAACAAUAUCCUACGAACUGGUAGUUUACAUCCAUAUUUCCACUGGAGAGAUUCCCGAAUUCAAAAUACCAAUUACUAUUGGAACUAUUCCAUUAACAAGGUUAGCCCCAAUAAGAACACCGCCCGAAAACUCAGAUCUACAUCCUCCAAGCUACGGCUUCAAUGUAGAAGGAUUCUCAUCAUAUCUUCCCGAUAAUAAGGCAGGUGCUCCCACAACAUCACAAACCGCAGCAACAUCACUCGCUGCUGAUUCAACUCAAAUUCCUUCGGUUGAACUUCCCCCUCCAUCGUAUGAAGAAGCUAUGCACGGUAGCACUUCGAAUCUCCAACCGGAUCAAGAUACUCUUCCAGUUGAAACCAAACCGUUCAGCCCUCGAUAUCCAGUGUACAAGUUCGAUGGUUCCGGUCCAAGUCAGCAGUAAUUUAAUGGUUUAUUAAUACUUAUAUGAUGAAUUAUUAGUAAACCAUCCAUCAUCAGCAGACAACAAUAUUUCGUACACUACGUUUUAAGCAAAUUAUUACCAUCAAUUUUUUCCUGGUUUUUCAUAUAAAGUAGCUUGGUUUGGUUAAUCGAUUUUACACCUUAACAAUUCCAAUAUGUGGCCGAUAAUGCAAAUUACACGUGUAAACAUUAACCAAAUGUAUGAGUUUAUUUUAUGUUUUAUAUUUAUUUUAUUGAUUGUUACAUUUUGGUUUU